CUCGGUGAACCCUUUGUCCUGAGAGAAGCUGUACCCGUGGAUUUGUUUCCCCACACCCCACACUGUGAACUGGUACUCCUCUUCACUCGAUAAGGCUAGGAGACUGCAGGCUGCUACGGCUGAAGUUUCAGGGACAUCAUCAGAAAAAUACCUGCAAGAUACAGAAAUGGACGUGAAGAUCUGAAAUUGUUAUUGAGGCAUAAUGGACUCAACGGCAGUGGUGUUCUCUUCUAACAUUCUACACUUUGGAGAAGCUCUAUUUGCUCUCCUGCCAGCCUUCCCCAACCCUGAUGCUUCCGGACUAAGUAAGAGAGCAGUAUUGGGGACCGAACCAGAGCCUUGUGCACCUAAGCCAGCACUCUACCAAUGAGCUACACUCCAACUCCGCUUUCCAGAAGAGUAACUAACACAGACACCAAAAAGACGAUGCUGUGGACUUCCUCUUGGUAGCACACUAUGCCUACCUCCUUGAUUUUGACCGAUGGGAGCCUUCAUCAGUGGGAUCAAGGGAUACUUGCCGUCUUCGCACUGUAAAGACUGUCAUCGGAGAGUGCUAGACCUGCAGGUCUCCCUUCUGAGAUUAGUCUGCUUUCCAAGAGGGUUGAGGGAUAUGCAACAGAAGAAGACAUCUUCCAGACAUGGGGCAAGGGACAUGGACAUGAAACCUAAGACUGCCUUUGCACUCACCAACUCCUGUGGCUGGGAUUAUAUGCACAAGACCUGCACAAAACCAAGUGUGGUACCUGAUGGGAGAAGAUGAAGAUGCCUAUGGGAAACAGAAAGAGCAACAAAGCUUCAAACAUCAUGGGAUAGAUGUCCAAGAAAGUUACUUGUUGAGUAGAAAACAAUCUAGUCUCACCUGCCAGCACCACAGGAAGUCUCUCCCUGGAAUUCUGCUGGCCAAGAAAUCAAGGCUCAGCAAACCGUGCAGAAGAGGAGGCAGAAGAUUAUAAGAGCCAGAGGGGAUGGAAGACACCCAGGAAACAAGGCCUUCUAGACACAGCAGAGCCACACAUAUGAACGCACAGAGACUGGCAGUGUACACAGGGCCUGCAUGGGUCUAGUCCUGAUGGUGUCCCAGCGCUAAGAGGGGACGUGGACACAAGCCUGCAUCCCCAACCCAGAAGCUAUCACCAAUUGAUAAUCACUAGCAAAUGAAAAAUUAGUUUUCUCCAAAAGAGUCUUAACUGGGUACACAAAUUAGUCUCAAGGCCAGGUCCCUUGCCCACAAGUAGAUGAGAAGCACAAAACAAACUCAAUGAUGAUUUUAUUUAUUUAUUUUUUUUCGAGACAGGGUUUCUCUGUGGCUUUGGAGCCUGUCCUGGAACUAGCUCUGUAGACCAGGCUGGUCUUGAACUCACAGAGAUCCGCCUGCCUCUGCCUCCCGAGUGCUGGGAUUAAAGGCGUGCACCACCAUCGCCCGGCUUUCAAUGAUGAUUUUAAAGUUGCUUGUCUCACAAUGCUUUGUCUGGGAAGCUUUUUUCUUUUUCUUUCUUACUCUACAGGUCUUUAGCUUAUAUAUUAUGAUUUCUGAUUUUGUAUCUUUAUGGAGUUUCUGUGUUUGCCAAUGUGUCUAUAUGUGUUUCUUGUGCUUUUUCAUUGCUUUUUUUUGUUUGUUUGUUUGUUUCUCUGUUCUUUGAUUUCUAUUCAGGUUUGUGUAGUUAGAAUUUUCUUUGGGCUGCCAAUCAGCACCCAAAUAAAGACACAGAGACUUAUAAUUAAUUAUGAGUGCUUGGCUUUAUCUUAGACUUGUACCACUAUCUCUUUUAACUUAAUUUAACCUUUUCCUAUUCAUCUCUGGUUUGCCUUGGGGCUUUUUACCUUUCCUUCAUUCUGUAUGUCCUACUUUCCCGCUUCCUCAGUGUCUGGCUGACUGGCCCCUGGCGUCUCCCUGGUGUCCCUUUUUCUUUCUUCCUCCAGCCUAAAUUCCUCCUCCUCCUUACUCUCCCUGCCUGGAAGUCCUGCCUAUACCUUCUCCCUUGCUAUUGGCCAUUCAGCUUUUUAUUAGACCAAUCAGGUACCUUAGGAAGGCAAGGUAAAACAGCAAUAUAUCAUUAUAUAAUUAAGCAACACAUCUUUACAUAGAUAAACAAAUAUCCUGCAGCAUAAACAAAUGCAACAACGUCUUUACAUAGUUAAACAAAUAUUCUACAACAUAAAUACAAUACAUCUUUAUGUAGUUAAACAAAUACUCUGGAACAUAAACAAAUGCAAUAUAUCUUUACAUAGUUAAACAAAUGCAACACAUCUUUGCAUAGCUAACCAAAUAUUCUGCAACACGUUUAUUUUCAUUUUAUUAUUUUUUUUAGGCACCUGUUUGUUUUCUAAUGAGAGAGAACAAGAAAUGAUGUGAAUUUCGGUGGAGAGAUUUGGGUUCACAUUUCUGAUGUUCACUUUUUCUAUCUUGGAACUCAUUCUACAUCGAUAUAGGAAGAUUGCUUUCAUACGAUUCUUUAACUCCGUUACUGCAGUAUGUAGACUCAUAAACCUUGUUAAAGAAGUCUUUACCAAGAGGGCCCGCUCCAGAAGCCACAUUGCUCCUACAGAGGUUCCAAACUUGGACUCAACAAUGGGAAACUGGCUGGCUAGCCACUGGCUCUCAGUUUUGUUUCUGGUGUCUUGGUUGGGGCUGAACAUGUUUCUGUUUGUGUAUGCCUUCCUGAAUUAUGAGCAGUCUGACAAGUACUAUUACACAAGACAAAUUCUUGGGACCGCCUUGGCCUUUGCCCGAGCCUCUGCUUUCUGCUUGAAUUUUAACAGCAUGAUGAUCCUGAUUCCUGUGUGUCGCAAUCUGCUGUCCUUCCUGAGGGGCACCUGCUCAUUUUGCAACCGCUCACUGAGAAAGCCAUUGGAUCACAACCUCCUCUUCCAUAAGCUGGUGGCAUAUAUGAUCUGCAUAUUCACAGCUAUUCAUGUCAUUGCACACCUAUUUAACUUUGAACGCUACAGUAGAAGCCAGCAGGCCAUGGAUGGAUCGCUUGCCUUUGUUCUCUCCAACCUCUCUCGUCAUGAGAAAGAAAAGGAUUCUUGGCUAAAUCCCAUCCAGUCUCCAAACACGACAGCAAUGCAUGCAACGUUUACCAGUGUUGCUGGCCUUACUGGAGUGAUUGCCACAACAGCCUUGGUUCUCAUGGUAACAUCAGCUAUGGAGUUUAUCCGCAGGAAUUAUUUUGAGCUCUUCUGGUAUACGCAUCACCUUUUUAUCGUCUAUAUCAUCUGCUUAGGGAUCCACGGCCUGGGUGGGAUUGUCCGACGUCAAACGGAGGAAAGCCUGGGUGAAAGUCAUCCCCACAAUUGUUCAAAGUCUUUUCUUGAGUGGGAUAAGUAUGAAUGGAGUUGCAGACGUCCUCACUUUGUGGGGCACCCCCCUGAGUCUUGGAAGUGGAUCCUGGCACCAAUCGCUCUAUAUAUCUUUGAAAGGACCCUUCGCUUUUACCGCUCUCAGCAGAAGGUUGUGAUUACUAAGGCUGUCAUGCACCCAUCUAAAGUGUUGGAACUGCAGAUGUGCAAGCGUGGCUUUAGCAUGGAAGUGGGACAGUAUAUAUUUGUAAAUUGCCCCUCCAUUUCCUUCCUGGAGUGGCAUCCCUUUACUCUGACCUCUGCUCCAGAGGAAGAAUUUUUCUCCAUUCAUAUCCGAGCAGCAGGGGAUUGGACAGAAAAUCUCAUAAGGACAUUUGAACAAAGGCCCUCACCAAUGCCCAGGAUUGCAGUGGACGGCCCCUUUGGCACAGUCAGUGAGGAUGUUUUCCAGUAUGAAGUGGCUGUACUGAUUGGGGCAGGGAUUGGGGUCACUCCUUUUGCUUCCAUCUUGAAAUCUAUCUGGUACAAAUUCCAGCGUGCAGACCACAAACUCAAAACACAAAAGAUCUAUUUCUACUGGAUCUGCAGAGAGACAGGUGCUUUUGCCUGGUUCAACAACUUACUGAAUUCCCUGGAACAAGAGAUGGAGGAAUUAGGCAAAAUGGAUUUCCUAAACUACCGUCUCUUUCUCACUGACUGGGACAGCGACAUUGCUGGUCAUGCAGCAUUAAACUUUGACAAAGCCACGGAUGUCCUGACAGGUCUGAAACAGAAAACCUCCUUUGGGAGACCAAUGUGGGACAAUGAGUUUUCCAGAAUAGCGGCUGCUCACCCCAAGUCUGUAGUCGGGGUUUUCUUAUGCGGCCCUCGGACUUUGGCAAAGAGCCUGCGCAAAUGCUGUCAGCGAUACUCAAGUCUUGAUCCUAGGAAGGUUCAAUUCUACUUCAACAAAGAAACUUUCUGAAUUACAGAAAGCAGCACAGUAGCCCACUUUCCCACCUUGCAGUCAGCUACUAGAUAAUACUGUGCCUCACAAGGACUUCCCUCCCUCCUUUUAAAAGCUUGCAUUCAACUUCACCAUAAUUGAGCUUUGCCAACCCAAGAGCUGCAUAAGCCACAGUAACUUCAAAGCACAUGAAUUGGGUUUUGUAGGAUAGUUGUAAAUCCUGGGAAACCUGACUUAAGCUGAGCUUUGCUGGUUGACACUUGCACAAUCUAACCCCCGGUGUUUUAGUUGAUUCCUGAACUUGGUUCAUAAUCUCCCCUCCCACUUGUCUCUCACAAAAGAUUUUUAAGUAGGGUGACUUUUAAAAUAUUUAUUGAAUCCAAGACAAAACAAUAAUCAUAAAUAAACAACAUAAAAUUACCAAGAUUCCCACUCCCAUAUCAUACUUACUAGGUACAUUGUUAAACACAAUCUUAUCCAGUGUGACCAACAGUUUACACUUUGUUUUGUCAAGAAAAACUGAAAGUUUCAUCUUUGCUUAUUGAACAAUUUUGCUUACUUUCCCUAGAAUUUCCAUCUGAAGUAUAUUAACCAAUCAAAUUUGAAUUAGAAUUAGAAACCUAUACUGCCAUUUUGUAUUGUUUGAAUUAAAUGGGAAGGUCUGGCCUCCAUCAUGGAAUAACUUAAUUCAACAGCAGCUCUCUACUACUUUUGUUACAGGAGUUUUUGAAUGUCUCGUAUAAAAAAAUAAAGAUUUUUAUAAUUUUGA